GUGCACUGUGUACAUGUGAUUUAAUUCUGCAGGAAGAACUGCACGCACGGCCGGCGGAGACUUCUACCCAGCAACCAACGUAAACAUUGCGUUCUUUACCAGAAUGGCAGGAUCGUCUCCCAAGAAAGCCAAGACGGUCCUGGACCUUGUGUUUGUGACAGGAAAUGCAAAGAAGCUGGAAGAAGUAAUAGCCAUUCUUGGUGACAAGUUUAAUGUGACGUCCCGAAGCAUCGACCUUCCAGAAUUUCAAGGCGAGCCGGACGAUAUAUCGAUAGCGAAGUGCAAGGAAGCGGUCAAACAUGUGAAGGGCCCCGUCAUUGUUGAAGAUACCUGUCUAUGUUUCAACGCAUUAGGAGGUCUACCCGGACCAUACAUAAAGUGGUUCCUUACAAAACUAGGUCCAUCUGGUCUGCAUCGUCUACUUACUGGCUGGGAGGAUAAGUCAGCCUAUGCACUAUGUACAUUUGCCUACUCGAACGGGAACCCAAACGACCCUGUACAGACCUUCAUAGGCAAAACGCACGGUACCAUCGUGUCCCCGCGUGGCCCUCCAAGUUUUGGAUGGGACCCUUGUUUUCAGCCAGACGGCUUCUCUGAAACUUAUGCAGAGAUGGAGUCGGCAACAAAGAACAGCAUAUCGCACAGAGGAAAAGCACUGAAAAUGCUUGCCGAACAUUUCUUGAAAACGUCAUGAUGAUAAUUUGUUGUAAUGUUAUUGUAUUUGUGGGUUUUUUUAAAUCAGGGUUUGAAACUAUUGUCUUUCUGGCAAUUUGAUAAUGGAAUUCAAAAACAACUUUUCUCUCCCAAGCAAAAUUUAUUUCCCUCAAUUACAAACCAAUAUUAUUUUCAAGGUUUUCCCAGAAAUAUUUUGUUUCGGGUAAAAAAACCACACUCACACACAAAGACGUUUGUUUAUGGUGUAAAUCAAGGAUUUUCUUUUGUUCCUCUUCCCUUUUCCUUUGUACUCUAACUUUUUCACAACAUCUCUGAUUGGUUUUGUUCACGUUUUCUAAUCGAGGUCGUCCAUUGAUGUUGCACAUGUGUGGCCUCGAUUUACACCAUAAACAAACGCGCAAGCACUGACUUAGAAACACAAAGUUAGAAAUUAGAUCAUGUUCAUUAAAACAUCCUUUAAUUUAAAUGAUGUUUUUUAUUGUAUUUUUCUGUAAUUUAGUUUUUGUACCAUAGUUCAAAUAUGUACAUAUUUGUCUUGCUGGAAAAAAAAACACACUUUGGAUUUCAUUAAAUUUCAGCAAUUCCACUUUACAAGGGAUAAUUCGUGUUAUCAAAUAUAAAAAAUUACUCAUAUUCAUCAGCUUUGUUUUCAGUCCAAUACUGAGUUCAUUAAACAAUGGAACAAUGUUCUACAUGUCUUUAGAUGACGUUUACGUAAAUAUAAAAUACUGCUUGAGUUUUGUAUAGCUUUGUAUUAAAUACAUUUGGGCUUGACUGUUAUAACAAAAAUUGAGUUGUAAAAUGACAGAAUGCCUGCUUCAACGGGCAAGGUUUUUGGAUCAAAAUAAAGUCUCAAUUUUUUGUGAGAUAUAUCAAG